AUGGAGGAAGAGUUAAAAUGCCCCGUUUGCGGUUCUCUCUUCAAGGACCCCAUCCUGCUACCGUGCUCUCACAAUGUCUGCCUGGCCUGCGCCCGGAACAUCACCGUGCAGACCCCGGACGGAGAGACCCCGGUGCAGAGCCGAGCCUCGUCCGACUACGACUACCUGGACAUGGACAAGAUGAGCCUGUACAGCGAGACGGACAGCGGGUACGGGUCCUACACGCCGUGCCAGCUCAAGUCUCCAAACGGGGUGCGGGUGUUUCCUCCGGUCAACCACCACCGACACUGCUCCCUCACCUGCCCGCUGUGCCACCGGAGCGUCUCCCUGGAUGAGAGGGGGCUCCGGGGCUUCCCUCGGAACCGGCUGCUGGAGGCCAUCACCGCGCGGUACCAGCAGAACCGCCGCGUUGUUUCUACCGGGUCCUCAUCCACCGCGCAGAAGUGCCAGCUGUGCGACCGCAACCCGGUGGACGCGACGGUGAUGUGCGAGCAGUGCGACGUGUAUUACUGUAACGCGUGCCAGCAGCGGUGCCACCCGUCCCGCGGCCCGCUCGCCAAGCACCGCCUGGUUCCGCCGCCGAACCGAGCGGCAGGAGGAGGCGGUGCGGCGGGAGGAGGCGGUCAGCUGCCGCCCGCCACUGCGCGGAAACCGGCGACAUGCGUGGAUCACGAAGCGGAAAACUUCAAUAUGUACUGCUACAGCUGCAAGGCUCCGGUGUGUAUGAAGUGUUUGGAGGAGGGGAAACACGCCAAACACGACGUUAAACCGCUGGCGGUGAUGUGGAAACAACACAAGUGCCAGAUCUCCCAGGCCCUGAACGGAGUCUCCGAAAAAGCAAAAGAUGCGAAAGAGUUCCUGAUCCAACUGAAGAACCUUCUGCAGCAGAUACAGGAGAACGGCGUGGAGUUUGAAGCCUGCCUCGUGGCUCAGUGCGACUCUCUGAUCGAGGCGCUCACCAGACAGAAAGCCAAGCUGCUCACCAAAGUCACCAAAGAGAAGGACUACAAGCUCAAGGUGGUGCGUGACCAGAUCACCCACUGCACCAUGAAGCUGCGUCAGACCACCGGCAUGAUGGAGUUCUGCCUGGAGGUCCUCAAAGAGAACGACCCCAGUGGAUUCCUCCAGAUUUCAGACCCUUUGAUUAAGCGGGUCACAUCGUCUCAGGACCAGUGGGUGAAAGGGGCCCUGGAGCCAAAAGUAGGCUCUGAGUUUGACCUCACCCUCAACACCGACGUGCUGCUGCAGACCAUCCUGCAGCUGGACUACUGCCAGGGCAAAGUGGAGUGCGGCCCCUCGGUGCCGGCGGCCCCCAUCCUGCAGCUGGAGAAGUGCUGCACCCGAGACAACAGCGCCACCCUGGCCUGGAGGGUGAUCGCAGCCAGCCCCAUCGAGGGAUACAUCCUGGAGCUGGACGACGGCAACGGAGGACAGUACAGGGAGGUGUACGUGGGGAAGGAGACGGUGUGCACGGUGGACGGCCUCCACUUCAACAGCUCCUACAACGCCAGGGUGAAGGCUUACAACGCUGUGGGGGUCGGGCCCUACAGCAAGACUGUGGUGCUCAAGACCUCCGAUGUGGCCUGGUUCACCUUUGACCCCAGCACAGCUCAUCGGGACAUCGUUCUGACCAAUGACAACCAGACUGUCAGCUGCAGCAGCUACGACGACCGCGUGGUGCUGGGGACCGCCGCUUUCUCCAAAGGCAUCCACUACUGGGAGGUCCGCGUGGAUCGCUAUGACAACCACCCGGACCCUGCAUUUGGCAUCGCGAGGAUCAACACGAUGAAGGACAUGAUGCUGGGGAAGGAUGAUAAAGCGUGGGCGAUGUACGUGGACAACAACCGAUCCUGGUUCAUGCACAACAACUCCCACACCAACAGGGCGGAGGGAGGCAUCGCUAAGGGCUCCACUGUGGGCAUCCUGCUGGAUCUGAACAAACACACUCUGACCUUCUACAUCAACAAGGUGCAGCACGGACCCACCGCCUUCGAGAGCCUGGACGGGGUCUUCGUGCCCGCCGUCAGCAUCAACAGAAACGUGCAGGCGACUUUACUGACGGGCCUGGAGCUGCCAAAAAAUGCAAAGCAGUAGGAGACCCUCCCUCACAGCGAGGCCUGGAUCUACAACAACCAUGUCACAGGCAGUUUUCUCCCACAUGGACCAUUUUGAGUCACAUCAGAUGAGAUUCAGCCCUAUCCGAUCCCUCUCAAGGUGCCCUUUCUCUUGGAUACACUUCAACAUGAAACCCUGCUCCAAAAUGUGGGAUGAAAGCAUAAAAUCAUGGUUUCUAUUGGCUAUAUAACUACGGAGAGAACUGGAGUUACCGUGGAUUGCCAUACUUUUUAUUUUUCCAGCUUUUCAACAAAAAGGAAAUCACAGCCUUUUCCUCCAGACCUGAGACUAAACUAAUCCGCCCUCGCAGUGAAUCAAAUGGAGAUUCCCGCGUUGUGCAGUGAAACAAAUGUUGUGCUUUUAAUUUCUCUAUUUAUCUUUCAAAUGUACCAUCAGGAGAAACCAUCACCAUCUGUUUUGAAAACUCCUGGAGAACAAAGUGCUUUUAGGAAGAGCAGGAGAAAAGGAAUCCUCGGUGCUUACUGUUGCUCUGCCUCUCUCUCAGGUGUCUUUCCAUCUCUCAAGGUAAAACUAGAUGAAGAGAGUGUUUUGUAGUAGCGGCACCGCAGGAUGUUUUUCACUCAUGGAAUAUUUAAAAGCUUCUCUUUCAGCGCUCUCUUUCGUCCCACUUGUGGCUCCGUCAGCGCGGCCUGUUCUGGUUUUCCUCCUUCUUUAUCACAUUCAAAGGUUGUUUGGUGUCAAAAAGGUUUACACACCGAGGUUAAACGCUGGGAAGGAUUGGGCUCGACUCCAUUUCAUUUUUCAGUGACAGAUCGGCAGGGCAUGGGAAACCCUGCAGGGAAAAAAGGUCUUAUUUAGCAACUUUAAAGAUAAUACAUUUGUUUUUGUGCAUUUCUUUGGCAGUCAGUACGUGUCUCGUGAGGAUUUGUUGUGCAAUUUGAAGGUGGCUUGUCAUCUUUUUUUUUUAAGAAUGGAGGAAUUUUAAAGUGGCCAUUUUAUACUUUUUCUUUUUUUAAUGGUAUAUAGGUUUUAGUGCAUGUAAAUGGUCUGCAAAGGCUAAAAUCCCAAAGUUACCUCCAGAGGGAGUUUCUCUCGCCCCUUUAACAUCUAUAUAGAGUUUGGACUGAUGAGUUCAUCGAUCCGAAGACUCCAUGUUUUAAUGGCUGGAUUUAAAUUGAACAUAAACAUUGGGAUCCUCACUUUUAAAUUUAAAAUUAAGUUAUUUUCAAAUAAUAUUGUCUGAACAGCAUAAUGACUAAACGGCAUGUCAUUGAGAUAAAAGGGUCAAAUAUGCGUGAGUUCAUUUGGUUGCCAAAACUACAAAGUUGUGUGUACCUCUUCUAGUUGAAUGAAUCAAAGUGAGGUGAAAAGGGUUGAUUCAUUUCCUUCCUUGAUGUUUUCCCUGCAGCCUCUCCCAGCUCUGGAUUCACCUCGUCUUCGAGGAAAUGUUUCCACCUCGAGGGAUGGAUUUCAACAACAAACUGAGCCUCUCUCUCUUUUUUUGUUUUGUUUCAUAAGACCAACAGCUACUAUAAUAUAUCAAAAGGUGGAUGAGGAGAGUGCGUUGCCUCAUGGUAAUUUCCCUCUGUGCUCAUCUCUCAGUCUCUCAGUAGAAUCGCUUUCAGGCAUCUGAGAUGUGUCGUGCUCAAAAAGAAUCUUGAAAAGUCACAUCAGGUGAAGCUGCUGCUGCACUUCUCACCAGAGGAGUAGCUUCAACAUUCAACCAAACCACUGUGACUACGGUUAAAAUAUGUUUGUUUUACAUUACCCAUGUAUAUAUAAUUCAUUGCAGCGGAGGAUGGAAAUGUUUAAAUUAAUCUUUUUAACCUAUCUGAAAUAUGUAUAACCCCUAUAAUGUUGUGAGUGAGAGAGAAGACACCCGCCAUACAGAAAGUGGGUUUUUUUGAGAGAAUGGAAAUCAACAAAGAAGUGUAAAUACUGAUGACGUGUGAUAUAAAGCAUGGAUUAAGCGUUGAACAAGUUUACAAAAUAUCUGAGGCUGUAUUGUAAAUAGUGGUCUGUAUUUCUGUCUUUACUAUGAGUGAUGUGAAAGCCAAUUGUUACGACAGCUCGCCCCCUGCUGGUGGGCCGUGGCAACGACAGGAUUAAUGAACUAAUCCUGUCUGAUCUCAUCUGACUGUGUAUUAUACCUUUAAUCUGUGGCUUUUUAAACAACAGUGGCACACAUUUUAUCUGGAGAGUUGUCAGAUUCUCUUACUCUCACUCGUUUGAUCAGCUUUCAUGAUAUUCAAAAGUCUAAUCAGGGACACAAAAUAGCGAUCAUUUACAUUUUACAAGAUUUUAUAUCAAAUAUCUGUGAUUGCAGUUAGCAAAUACAUCUUACUUACCCAACCUGUAUUCUUUUUA